AUGACAACUCCUUUCAACUUGCCGUCCCUCGAUUCCGCUUACAAUUUUCCUGUUUUGCAACAACCACAACAGUUUCAAGUCGUUGAAGCAGCUAUAGUAUCAAACACUUUCGCUAAUCCAAAUUCUUUUAUUAAUCAACAGCAAAGUGUACAAGCGGAAUUAGCUUAUUUGUAUAAUAACAGUAAUUGUAACACCAAUAAUUGUUCUUCAACUCAACAACAACAACAAUCUCCUUCGAUUCAACACGCGUUUUUAUAUAACCCUACUGCUUAUCCUUCACCUCCUUUGGACGCUUCUUUCCCCUCCCCACCAAGGAUGACUUCUAACGAUUCCGGUGACCAUCAUAACAACACCGAUAGUACCCAAAAUUUUCAUAACGGAUCUAUGAUUACUGACCUUACUUCAACCCCUUCGUUCAAUCCUAGCGACUUACGUGAACAAAAACCAACACCGCCGUCACACUCCAUUUCUACUGUAACGGAAGGAUAUCAAGCCGCUCCACCAUAUCCAGCUUCUCAAUAUCCUCAUCCUCAUCCUCAUCCUCCUCAACCUCAAACAGGAAUGCAGAUGGAUCGUCGAACGAGUAUAACUUUGGUUCCAAUUCACCAUCCAACAAAGAUUGAACCAGGAACUUCAGAAGGAUCAGAGUCAUGGCGUAUUUCAGCAGAGGCAACAACAAAUACGCCUUAUCCAUUUGGUCAUUAUAAACCUCCAAAAAGUUAUGAUGACCGAGCAUUAGAUCCUAGUUUUUUCACAGAUCCUUCUAUGAAAAUGCCUUCUGGUCCAAGUACUGCUCAACCACCAAUGGGAUAUUAUAGUACUGGACCACCGGUUAGUUAUGAUCGUAAUGGAAUACCACAUCCAGUAAAUUUUAGUAAUCCUAUGCAACCUACACCACAAGAUUAUUCAAUGAACAUGAUGCAAAAUCAAAAUGGAAAUGGUGUACGUAAUGUUCCUCCUCAAUAUCAUACAGCAAAUUCAAAUAGGCCGCCUCCGGUCCCCGCACCUCAAACAAUGAUGACGACCUUUAGUUCAAAGACAGUAUCUUCUACCCCUAAAAGGUAUAAGUGUAAUAUCUGUCAAAAGAGAUUUACUCGACCAAGUUCACUACAAACUCAUACUUACAGUCAUACCGGUGAAAAACCAUUUAAAUGUCCAGUCGAAGGCUGUGGUCGUCAUUUUUCUGUUGUGAGCAAUCUUCGUCGGCAUCAAAAGAUUCACUCCAAAUGA